CCUAUAUUAACAAUUAUCCAAAGAAUAAUCAUAAUUUAAAAACUUCCAAUUCUUUUGAAUAUACUUUAAAGAAUAUCUCAUUAACUAAUAAUAAUAAUAAUCAUAAUAUGUCUGAUUCAACUAUAGAUCCUAGAGAUUAUACUGAAUUACAUAAAGCUUUGGCUCCUCAUUUUAUAGGUUUAAAUUCAGUUACAAACGCUGAACCAGGUAAAAUAACUGAUUUUGUUAAAGCAAAUCAAGGUCAUACUGUUAUUUCUCGUGUUCUUAUAGCAAAUAAUGGUAUUGCUGCUGUUAAAGAAAUUAGAUCAGUUAGAAAAUGGGCCUACGAAACUUUUGGUGAUGAAAGAGCUAUUCAAUUCACCGCAAUGGCCACCCCAGAAGAUUUAGAAGCUAAUGCUGAAUACAUUCGUAUGGCUGAUCAAUUCGUUGAGGUUCCAGGUGGUACUAAUAAUAAUAAUUAUGCUAACGUUGAUUUAAUUGUUGAAAUUGCUGAAAGAACUAAUGUUCAUGCUGUUUGGGCUGGUUGGGGUCAUGCUUCUGAAAAUCCUUUAUUACCAGAAAAAUUGGCUGCUUCUCCUAAAAAAAUUGUCUUUAUAGGUCCUCCUGGUUCCGCUAUGAGAUCUUUGGGUGAUAAAAUUUCUUCUACUAUUGUUGCCCAACAUGCUGAUGUUCCUUGUAUUCCUUGGUCUGGUACUGGUGUUAAAGAAGUUGUUAUUGAUAAAGAUUCUAAUUUGGUUUCAGUUUCUGAUGCCGUUUAUGCUAAAGGUUGUUGUUCUGAUCCUGAAGAUGGUUUAGUUAAAGCUAAACAAAUUGGUUUCCCAGUUAUGAUUAAAGCUUCUGAAGGUGGUGGUGGUAAAGGUAUUAGAAAAGUUGAUAAUGAAACCGAUUUUAUCACUUUAUAUAAACAAGCUGCUAAUGAAAUCCCUGGUUCUCCAAUCUUUAUCAUGAAAUUAGCCGGUGAUGCUAGACAUUUAGAAGUUCAAUUAUUGGCUGAUCAAUAUGGUACUAAUAUCUCUUUAUUUGGUAGAGAUUGUUCUGUUCAAAGAAGACAUCAAAAAAUUAUUGAAGAAGCUCCAGUUACUAUCGCUAAAAAGGAAACUUUCAAUGAAAUGGAAAAUGCUGCUGUCAGAUUAGGUAAAUUGGUUGGUUAUGUUAGUGCUGGUACCGUUGAAUAUUUAUACUCUUAUUCUGAAGAUAAAUUUUAUUUCUUGGAAUUAAAUCCAAGAUUACAAGUUGAACAUCCAACUACCGAAAUGGUUACCGGGGUUAAUUUACCUUCUGCUCAAUUACAAAUUGCUAUGGGUAUUCCAAUGCAUAGAAUAAGAGAUAUUAGAACUUUAUACGGUGUGGAUCCUCAUACUUCAACUGCUAUUGAUUUUGAAUUCAAAACUGAUAGUUCUUUAGUUAGUCAACGUCGUCCAGUUCCAAAAGGUCAUACAACUGCUUGUCGUAUUACUUCCGAAGAUCCAGGUGAAGGUUUUAAACCUUCUGGUGGUUCUUUACAUGAAUUAAACUUCAGAUCUUCAUCAAAUGUUUGGGGUUAUUUCUCAGUUGGUAAUCAAUCUUCAAUCCAUUCCUUUUCUGAUUCUCAAUUUGGUCAUAUUUUUGCCUUUGGUGAAAAUCGUCAAGCUUCUAGAAAACAUAUGGUUGUUGCUUUAAAAGAAUUAUCUAUUAGAGGUGAUUUCAGAACUACUGUCGAAUAUUUAAUUAAAUUAUUAGAAACUCCAGAUUUUGAAGAUAAUACUAUUACUACUGGUUGGUUAGAUGAAUUAAUUACUAAAAAAUUAACUGCUGAAAGACCAGACCCAAUUGUUGCAGUUGUUUGUGGUGCUGCUACUAAAGCUCAUAUUCAAGCUGAAGAAAAUAAAUCUGAAUAUGUUCAAUAUUUAGAAAAAGGUCAAGUCCCAAAUAAAGAUUUAUUGAAAACUAUUUUCCCAGUUGAUUUCAUUUAUGAAGGUCAUAGAUAUAAGUUUACCGCAACAAAAUCCUCCAAUGAUUCUUAUACCUUAUUUUUAAAUGGUAGUAGAGCUGUUGUUGGUGUUCGUCCAUUAUCAGAUGGUGGUUUGUUAUGUGCAAUUGGUGGUAAAUCUCAUUCUAUUUAUUGGAAAGAAGAAACUUCUGCCACUAGAUUAUCAGUUGAUGGUAAAACUUGUUUGUUAGAAGUUGAAAAUGAUCCAACUCAAUUAAGAACCCCAUCCCCUGGUAAAUUAGUUAAAUAUUUGGUCGAAAGUGGUGAACAUGUCAUUGCCGGUCAGGCUUAUGCUGAAGUUGAAGUCAUGAAAAUGUGUAUGCCUUUAAUUGCUCAAGAAAAUGGUGUUGUUCAAUUAAUUAAACAACCUGGUUCAACUGUUAAUGCCGGUGACAUUUUAGCUAUCUUAGCUUUGGAUGAUCCAUCUAAAGUUAAACAUGCUUUACCUUUCGAAGGUACUUUACCAGAUUUAGGUUCUCCAAACGUUAAAGGUACUAAAGUUGUUCAUAAAUUCCAAGAUGGUGCCAAUGUUUUGAAAAACAUUUUAGCCGGUUUCGAUAAUCAAGUUAUCAUGAAUUCAACUUUAAAAGAUUUAAUCUCAAUUUUAAAAGAUAGAGAUUUACCUUAUUCUGAAUGGGCUCAGUUUAUUAGUGCUUUACAUUCAAGAUUACCACCUAAAUUGGAUGAAACCUUAAGUGCUUUAAUUGAAAGAACCAAAUCAAGAAACGCGGAUUUCCCUGCUAAGCAAAUUUUGAAACAUAUUCAAAAAGUUCAAAAUGAUGCAUCCACUGAUGCUUCUUUCUCUGAUGUUGUUGCUCCUUUAGUUGAUAUUGCUACUAAAUAUUCUAAUGGUUUAGUCGAACAUGAAUAUAAUUUCUUUGCUGGUUUACUCAAUGAAUAUUAUAAUGUUGAAUCAUUAUUCUCCGGUCUCAAUACUCGUGAAGAUGACGUUGUUUUAGGGUUGCGUGAUGAAAAUAAAUCUGAUUUGAAUAAAAUUAUCUCUAUUGUUUUAUCUCAUUCUAGAGUAAGUGCUAAGAAUAAUUUAAUUUUAGCCAUCUUAAACGAGUAUCAACCAUUAUUACAAGCCUCUUCAAGUGUUGCUGUUUCUCUUAGAGAAUCAUUGAAAAAAUUAGUUGAAUUGGAUUCCAGAGCUACUGCUAAAGUUACUGUCAAAGCCAAAGAAAUAUUGAUUCAAUGUUCUUUACCAUCCAUUAAGGAAAGAUCAGAUCAAUUGGAACAUAUCUUAAGAUCUUCUGUCUUACAAACUUCUUAUGGUGAAAUCUAUGCUAUCCAUCGUCAACCUAAGUUAGAAGCUAUUAGAGAAGUUGUUGACUCUAAACAUAUUGUUUAUGAUGUCUUGCCUCAAUUUUUGGUUAACCAAGAUGAAUGGGUUGCUAUUGCUGCCGCUGAAGUCUAUGUCCGUCGUUCUUAUAGAGCUUAUUCGUUAGGCGAAAUUUCUUAUCAUUUCCAUGAUAGAUUACCAAUUAUUGAAUGGAAAUUCCAAUUGCCAAAUAUCACCACUUCACCAUUUGCUGGUAAUGAUCAAAAAACUGAAGGUCAUCCUAACUCUAUGAACAGAGCUGCCUCAAUUUCAGAUUUAUCUUUCACUGUUGAUCCAAAAUCCGAACAAAAACCAAGAACUGGUAUUUUGGUUCCAUGUAGACAUCUUGAUGAUGUUGAUGAAAUGCUUAUUCCAGCAUUGGAAAAACUUCAACCAAAUGAUGCUAUCACUUUCAAAGCUGGUGAAAACCAACCAGAAUUUUUCAAUGUUGUUAAUAUUGUUAUCACUAACAUCGAUGGUUACAUUUCAGAAGAAGAAGUUUUGUUGAAAGUCAACGAAGUUCUUAACGAAUUUAAAGAUGAUUUCAAGGCUGCUGCUGUACGUCGUAUUACCUUUGUUUUUGCUAACCAAAUUGGUCAAUAUCCUAAAUACUAUACUUAUUCUGCUCCAGAAUACACUGAAAAUAAAGUCAUUCGUCACAUUGAACCAGCUUUAGCUUUCCAAUUAGAGUUAGGGAGAUUAGACAAUUUUGAUAUUAAACCAAUUUUCACUGACAACAGAAACAUUCAUGUUUAUGAAGCAGUUGGUAAGAAUGCUCCUUCGGAUAAGAGAUUUUUCACCAGAGGUAUCAUCAGAACUGGUGUUAUCCGUGAUGAUAUCAGUAUCAGUGAGUAUUUGAUUGCUGAAUCAAAUCGUUUGAUGUCCGAUAUCUUAGAUGCUUUGGAAGUUAUUGAUACUUCUAAUUCCGAUUUGAAUCAUAUUUUCAUUAAUUUCUCUGCUGUUUUCAAUGUUUUACCUGAAGAAGUUGAAGCUGCUUUUGGUUCUUUCUUGGAAAGAUUUGGUAGAAGAUUAUGGAGAUUAAGGGUCACUGGUGCUGAAAUUCGUAUUGCUUGUACUGACCCAACAACUGGUAACUCAUUCCCAUUACGUGCUAUUAUUAAUAAUGUUUCUGGUUAUGUUGUUAAAUCUGAAUUAUAUAUGGAAGUUAAGAACACCAAAGGUGAAUGGGUUUUCAAAUCAAUGGGCCACCCAGGUUCAAUGCACUUAAGACCUAUCUCAACUCCUUAUCCAGCCAAAGAAUCAUUACAACCAAAACGUUAUAAAGCCCAUAACAUGGGUACCACUUACGUUUAUGAUUUCCCAGAAUUAUUCCGCCAAGCUACUAUCUCUCAAUGGAAAUCAUUCACUGGUCCUAACAAGAUUCCAAAGGAUUUCUUCCAAUCUUUAGAAUUAAUUCCUGAUGAAAAUGGUGACUUAACUGCAGUCGAACGUGAACCAGGUUGCAACAAAAUUGGUAUGGUUGGUUUCAAAGUAUUUACUAAAACCCCAGAAUAUCCUCGUGGUCGUGAAUUUAUUGUUGUUGCUAAUGAUAUCACUCAUAAAAUUGGUUCAUUUGGUCCAGAAGAAGAUUAUUUCUUCGAUAAAUGUACUAAAUUAGCUAGAGAAUUAGGUAUUCCAAGAAUCUACCUUUCUGCUAACUCUGGUGCAAGAAUUGGUAUUGCUGAUGAAUUAGUUCCUUUAUUCAAGGUUGCUUGGAAUGAUCCAUCUUCUCCAGAUAAAGGUUUCCAAUACUUAUAUUUAACUCCAGAAGAUCAAAGAUCUAUCAUUGAAAAUGGUAAAGGUGAUACUGUUGUCACUGAAAGAGUAGUUGAAGACGGUGAAGAACGUUACGUUAUCAAAUCUGUUAUUGGUGCUGAAGAUGGUUUGGGUGUUGAGUGUCUUAAAGGUUCUGGUUUAAUCGCUGGUGCAACUUCAAGAGCCUAUAAAGAUAUCUUUACCAUUACCUUGGUCACCUGUAGAUCCGUUGGUAUUGGUGCUUACUUAGUUAGAUUAGGUCAAAGAGCUAUUCAAAUUGAAGGGCAACCUAUUAUUUUAACUGGUGCUCCUGCUAUUAACAAGUUAUUGGGUAGAGAAGUUUACUCUUCAAACUUACAAUUAGGUGGUACCCAAAUUAUGUACCGUAAUGGUGUCUCUCAUUUGACUGCUAGUGAUGAUUUAGCCGGUGUUCAAAAGAUCAUGGAAUGGAUGGCCUAUGUUCCAGCUGUUCGUGGUAUGCCAGUUCCAAUCUUAGAAUCGGAAGAUCCUUGGGAUCGAGAUAUUGAUUACUAUCCUCCAAAGAAAGAAACUUAUGAUGUUCGUUGGAUGAUUGAAGGUCGUGAAAACGAAGAAGGUGAGUUUGAAUCUGGUUUGUUUGAUAAAAAUUCUUUCCAAGAAACUUUAUCUGGUUGGGCUAAAGGUGUUGUUGUCGGUAGAGCUCGUCUUGGUGGUAUCCCUAUUGGUGUUAUUGGUGUCGAAACUAGAUCAGUCGAUAACUUAUACCCAGCAGAUCCUGCUAAUCCAGAUUCUACUGAAGUCAAGAUUCAAGAAGCUGGUCAAGUCUGGUACCCUAACUCUGCUUUCAAGACUGCUCAAGCUAUCAAUGAUUUCAAUAAUGGUGAACAAUUACCAUUAAUGAUUUUAGCUAACUGGAGAGGUUUCUCAGGUGGUCAACGUGAUAUGUACAAUGAAGUUCUUAAAUAUGGUUCUUUCAUUGUUGAUGCUUUGGUUGACUUCAAACAACCAAUUUUUACAUACAUCCCUCCAAAUGGUGAAUUAAGAGGUGGUUCUUGGGUUGUUGUCGACCCAACUAUCAAUAAAGAUAUGAUGGAAAUGUAUGCUGAUGUUGAUUCUAGAGCCGGUGUUUUAGAACCUGAAGGUAUGGUUGGUAUUAAAUACAGACGUGAUAAAUUAUUAGCUACUAUGGCAAGAUUAGAUCCUACUUAUGCUGAAUUGAAAGCUAAGUUAGUUAAUUCUUCCGUAUCAUCUGAUGAACACUCUCAAAUCUCAGCAAAAUUGGUUGCUCGUGAAAAUGCUUUAUUACCAAUCUAUUCUCAAAUUUCUGUUCAAUUUGCUGACUUACAUGAUAGAUCUGGUCGUAUGUUGGCUAAAGGUGUUAUCAGAAAGGAAAUUGAAUGGGUCAAUGCUAGACGUGUUUUCUUCUGGCGUUUACGUCGUCGUUUAAAUGAAGAAUACUUAUUGAAGAUCAUUGGUGAACAAAUUAAAUCUUCAGACAAAUUAGAAAAAGUUGCUAGAUUGAAGAGUUGGAUGCCAACUGUUGAUUAUGAAGAUGAUGAAGCUGUCAGUACUUACAUCGAAGCUAACCAUAAUAAAUUGAAAAAGAAGAUCGAUGAAUUGAAAGGAGAAAGUGCCCGUAAGAACAUUUCAGGUCUUUUGAAAGAAGAUCCAUCUACUGCUGCUGCUGCUAUGAAAGAAUUUAUCUCAACCCUCUCAGAAGAUGAAAGAGCUCAAUUUUUACAAUCUCUUCAAUAG